UACGGACCGAUCAUGGGUGACUGGAGCUUUCUGGGUAAUAUUUUAGAGGAAGUGAAUGAGCACUCAACGGUGAUCGGCCGGGUGUGGCUCACGGUCCUCUUCAUCUUCCGCAUCCUCAUCCUGGGUACUGCGGCAGAGUUUGUGUGGGGCGACGAGCAGUCAGACUACGUCUGCAACACGCAGCAGCCCGGUUGCGAGAACGUGUGUUACGACGAGGCGUUCCCCAUCUCCCACAUCCGCCUGUGGGUUCUGCAGAUCAUCUUUGUGUCCACACCAUCUCUGGUCUACGUGGGCCAUGCCGUGCACCACGUCCACAUGGAGGAGAAACGCAAGGAGCGUGAGGAGGCCGAGCUGAGUCGCCAACAGGAGCUGAGUGAGGAGCGGCUGCCACUAGCGCCUGACCAGGGCAGUGUGCGCACCACCAAGGAGACCAGCACCAAGGGCAGCAAGAAGUUCAGGCUGGAGGGCACCCUGCUGAGGACCUACAUCUGCCACAUCAUCUUCAAGACGCUGUUCGAAGUGGGUUUCGUAGUGGGCCAGUACUUUCUGUACGGCUUCCGCAUCCUGCCGCUGUACAAGUGCAGCCGCUGGCCCUGCCCCAACACUGUAGACUGCUUCGUGUCCCGGCCAACAGAGAAGACAGUCUUCAUAAUUUUCAUGUUGGCCGUGGCUUGCGUCUCGCUCUUCCUCAACUUUGUGGAGAUCAGCCACCUGGGCUUGAAGAAGAUCCGCUUCGUCUUCUGGAAGCCAACCCCGGGGCAAGCCCAGGGUGAAGGCCUGAGCCCCCUGCCCCCCCCAGGGGGGAUCCUCAAGAGCCUGCCUCCCCUGGCCGUGCCCUCCAUCCAGAGGGCCAAAGGCUACAGGCUGCUGGAGGAGGAGAAAGCCCCGUCCGUGACCCACCUCUAUCCUCUGGCAGAGACGUGCAUGGAGGCAGGGAGGUUAACCCCCCUGGCACCGCCCUUCCAGUGCAUGGAGGAGAAGGCGGAAGAACUGAGGCACACGGAGGAUAUUUCUAAGGUGUACAAUGAGACCCUGCCCUCCUACGCCCAGACCACCGAGAUAGGGGAGGACACACUACCACUACACCAAGAGGAGGAGGAGCAGGAGCAGCAGGAGGUGGUGGAGGAGGACAAAGAAGAGGAGGAAGUGGUGGAGGAGGUGGAGGUGGUGGUGGACGGGGAAGGGGGACCUCCAACCGAGGCGGAGAUGGAGGUGACGGAUACGAUAGAAGACACCAGACCACUGAGCAGAUUGAGCAAAGCCAGCAGCAGGGCCAGGUCAGAUGAUCUCACCGUAUGAACCUGUGAGAGAAAACACGCGCACACACGCACACACUUACACCGAACACAGGAGAACAUACACCUAACUCUAGACAACACACACUUAAAACAGUAGGGCUUAACCAAGGGAAACACAUGUAAAUCCAACAGGGAUAGAUUCAGUCACAAGUUGCAUAUUACCCUUAUGACGUGGGCAACAUAAUUCAACAAGGCAAAGAAAGAUCUGAGCUUGUUUGUGAGAUAAGUGAAUAUUAUAAAAAGUAGCGGUUAACAAGAGGAGGGAUAGAUUUUUUUUCAUUAAGCGUGUUCUUAUGUAGAAAAUGUAGAAAGGGCAAACAUGCAGAAAGGGGAAAAUAUUUUUACUUUAACAAUAACCAAUGAAAGUUCACUAAUGUUUACAUAUUCUGGUGGGGUUGAAUGGGUAGGGGAAGAGAUUGAGCAUAUAUUCCUGUCUGCAAGGCAGUAAUAUUACUGUAGGCAGGCAAGCACUUUCAUUCCCAUACAGUCAGUGACAGACUGCAAUUAUGUAGUUGAAAAACAUGUUGCAGGUGGAAGGGCUCUUAUACACCAAGUCCUUGCACAGAAAAAUCAUGGAACAAAAUUUACAAACUUAUGACUGACUCUUCAACACUAAGUUGAUAGUCAUUUUUUGGAUCAAAAAGAGCAUAAUUUUGGCACACAUUUCCUAGAGAACAGGGAACUCUGUGCAAGGCCAAUAUAACCCUCAUAUCAACUCAAUUACGCUUAGAUUUACAUUUCUUUCAAUUGAAGGGAGAUUUGCAUCUAUGUACAAGAACAUAUCUCUCCCUUUCAUGUUUAUAUACAGCGUUGUACAGCCAAAAAGCUGGGUAGUGGAGAAAAACAAACCCAAAAAAUACCACAUGUUGAAUGUCUCUUUUCAAUGUGAUUCUACAGCUCAUCUUUUGGAUUGCUUAUAUAUUUUGUUACCUAUAUAAUGCAGAAGUGUGAACUGUUAUAAUGAUGUCUUUUUGUGAAAGAGAGGAGUGCUGGUUUUGCCCGAUCACAGACUGGACCAUAGUAACAACCUCAGGCCAAAUCCUCUCUUUUCGCGCUGUACAAACAGGCUUCAGAGCGAUAAAGAUCAUGCACGAUCAGCACAAAGUAUUGUGGAGCCACAGACAAUAAAAGAAACCACUCUCACAUAUGAAAAACAAGCUUCCUUGACAUUGUUGUGGGGGAAAAAUAGUUUUACUUGAUUUUAUCUGCCCUUGAUGUUCCUUGCCCCUGUACAAAUAUGAAAUACUUGUUUACAAAAUUUUGAAAGAAAAACAAUAAAUGGUGAAUCUCAUUGUACAUAAACUAUCAUCCUAUCUGAUGUCUAAUAGCAAACAUAAUGUUGAGACACUUAGUUUAAGUUAUGAUAUUAUGUCUAGCUAAAUUACUAGAAAACAGUCAAGAAACAUCAUAAUACUGAUCAAGUCACUGAUUUGGUAGGGAAAAUUAAGUGCUUAUCAAAAUUGAAUCAUUAUUUCCAUAAUUACCAAAGACUUGCUUUGCAGAACUUUGACCUUUCUUAUCUCUGUCCAGAGAUGUUUUUAUUUUUACAUGUUUAAAAAGUUGUUAGAGAGCAGAAUUCUCUCUUACAAGUACUUUUUAAAUUAAAACAAAAAAACAAUUCCCCUUGAAAGGGAAGCCUUAAAGUAUGACUUAUGUGUAUGAAAUAUUUCUAUAUUUUUCUCUCUUGCUCUCUCUGCUUUAUUUAGAUUGCUUGGCUAUUUUGCUUUCCAAUGUAUAAUUGUAUGUGCUUUACCUGUAAAUGUAAAUUCUCAGAUGUCUUUGUAAAGGUUAAAGCACUUCCAUUGCUCUGGGAACUAUGUGAAUGUCAUGUCUUAAAUUCAACGUUUUUUCCCUUAGCUUUCAAAUAAUCCUUUGUACAUGCAACCCCCCCCCCCCUUAAUUUGUUAGGGAAAUGUAAAGUUUGUCUGCAAAUAACUGUACUUGCUUCUCAUUCAGUGCUGUGCCUUAAAGCAAAGCAUUGGUCAAUGCAGCAGUGGGUUUAUCCAGUGGCACAGAUCAAAUGGUGCAGAAAAGCCACACGCACAAGCACACACACACUCACACAUGCAUACACAUGUGCAUGCACACGUACACACACUUCCAGUGUUGGUUUUGGGGGUAUGAUCAAACGGCUCUAGACAAACUCUGACAGAAAGGCAGCUUUGACCCCUUUGUGACCCCUAGCCACUCAUUUGCUUCCCAUAAGCCAAUGCUUUGACAACCUUGUGAAUGAGACAACAGGCGUUUCACAAAUGCAGAAUAGUUUAGCACAUUUCAACACUGAAAUAUAUUCCAAAAACAAAAUGUGUUCUGGUUCUCAUGUGGUAAAUUCAUAUGACUGGUACAUAUGUGUUUUGUGUUUCAAACAGUUCCCCUUGCUUAAUCGUUUGUAAGAACAUUUGACUAAUCUUCGGAAAGAAAAUAUCACUUUUUACUAACUUCUAGUCCUCUUUGCUCCUAGUUGUGUGGCUGUAUGAUCUUUUGGACAGUGAACCAAGGCAAUAAAAGGUCACACGUGGGCAAGAA